AUGGCCUUAUCUUUGACAGAUCUCAGCACCUCGCUUCUACAUGUUGAAAAGUCCUUCCUUGCCACGGUUGCAAUAGACUUUGGCACCACCUAUAGUGGCUUUGCUUUCUCAUUCAACAAAGAUGACGGUAAAGACGUGAUUUUUAUGAACAGAGCCUGGAUGAAUGAUCAGGGCCAUCAAACCAGCAAAACUCCUACAUGUCUGCUUCUUGAACCAGACUUGUCAUUUCACUCGUUUGGAUACGAAGCAGAAGAAAAGUACGCGAAUCUGACGAGCAUCUCAGAGGAAAAAGAAUACGUGUUUUUCCGGCAUUUCAAAAUGCUCUUACAUAAUGAUGAGAGCCUGAAUCUUAACACCAAGAUAGCUGCAGCAAAUGGAAAACUCCUGCCUGCAAAGCAAGUGUUUGCACAUUCUAUCCGGUUUCUUAAAGAACAAGCGCUCAGCGUUAUUCGGCGAGAGACAAGUGAUGACAGAUUUGGAAUGGAGGAUAUCCAGUGGGUUCUGACCGUACCAGCCAUAUGGACUCCACGAGCGAAGCAGUUUAUGCGUGAAGCAGCCUAUGAGGCUGGUCUUGGAUCAUCAGACAAUCCAGAGCAGUUGAUAAUUGCUUUAGAACCUGAAGCUGCUGCACUGUUCUGCACAGAAAAACACCUGGAGAGGAUAGAUACAGUGUCGCUUGAAGGGAAACUCUCUCGACCCAAUGUACAUUAUAUGGUUGUCGACAUUGGAGGUGGCACCCUUGAUGUAACAGUGCAUGAAAAACAGGAUGAUGGUACCAUAAAGGAGAUCUACAAAGUAACAGGUGGACCGUAUGGGGGCGUAAAGGUCAAUGAGCAGUUUAAGAGCCUUUUGGACCAAAUAUUUGGUCAGCAGAAGAUGUAUGAUUAUCGCCAACAAUUUCCUUCUGAUUGGCUAAAACUCAUGAACGAUUUUGAAAUUAAGAAGCGCGGGGUUCGGGUCGUGCAGGAGAAAGAGACAAGAAUUCGCCUGCCACGCAGUUUUGUCUCCUGGGUCAACGAUGCCGUCACAGUGGCUCUGAAACGCUAUGCAAAUGGAGAAAUUAGAAUCCUCAACGAUGAGUACCUGUGCUUAAGUUCGAGAGCUAUGGUGAAGCAGUUUCAGCCAGUAUUAGAAGCCAUGAAGGAUCACUUAAGAGUGCUCCUUAGCGAGCCACGGCUUUCGAAAGUCACUGUGAUGCUAUUAGUUGGAGGAUUCGCGAAUUCUUUGAUUCUUCAGGAAGAAAUCAAAAGAAGGUUUUCCAGCAGGUGUUGUAUAAUCAUUCCUAAUGAUACCAGUACUGCUGUUGUCCAAGGGGCUGUCUUGUUUGGCAAGAAUCCGGGUAGAAUAGUGCAAAGAGUUGUCAGCAAGACGUAUGGAGCCGACUGCUGCCGAGAGUUUGUCCGCGGAGUUCACCCAGAAGAAAAGAAGUUUGUCGCGAAUGGUGUGGAGAUGUGUAAUGAUUUGCUCAACUACUUUGUGAAGGAAAAUGAAGUCGUUAAACUCGGGCAGCGAAUAAAAAGUAUCUAUCGACCAUUGUAUCCAAACGAAAAGAAGAUCAAGUACUCUUUCUACGCGGCAGACAACCCCAAUGCCCUUCUUAUCACUGACGCCGGAGUAAAAAGGAUUGGAAGCGUUGUGGUUGAGUCUCCUGAAACGUGGAGAGGUUUGGAUAGGGAACUGGAGGUCAGUCUGUAUUUUGGAGGAACAGAAAUAACCGCAACAGCUCGAGACAUUUCGAGUGGCAAUACAGCGCAAACUACACUGGACUUUUUCCACGUCAAGUAAUGAUCAGUCUCAGCGUUUGGAACGAUAUUCUUACGUUACAUUUCUUGCGUUAUAUAACCGUGAAAUUAAAGGGGAAAAUAUGAUCUAGAAACCAUAAAAUCUUUAUCAUCGCCACUAUGAAAUAAGUUUUUAAAUUUACAACAUACUGCGUCUCAAGAUUACAGAGAGUCACCUUACCGUUCGAAAGAUGUCUUGAAAUGUGCCAAAAAUUCGACCUCGAAUGCUGCCAUUUUGAAAAACAACUCAGUAACAUAUACGUACACGCGAAACUACAACACGAAGUUUACAAACAGCUGCUUCUCUAUUUGAUUCGAAAAUGUGUUUUGGUGUGUCUCCUAAUUGUUCCAACAAACUGCCAAGAGGUGAAACACUAUUACAGGACUUAGACUAGCAAUUUUUCAUGCGUUGGCCUGUCUUAUGUAAUGAUUCCGAAAUCAUUUUUUUUCAGUGAGAAGAAUGAUAUGAUUUCUCUAGCAUACUUUUUCUUUAUUACAGAAGAGUGUAUCGCAGUGAUGUACGGAAUUUAAGUAAUGGCAACUCCUUGAGCUGUGUUUACAAAUGAGAAUAUUUUUUUCUGUUGGUCAAAUAAGUGAUUUUCAUAUUAUUCCCUUGGAUGUAAGAUAGCAUCAUAGACCUUAGUGCAGCCUUGGAGCUGAAAACAUUAGACUCUUGUUAGGCAAACAGCGUAAAACGGAGGGAAAUAAAGUUAUAUGUAGA